AAAUUAAGAUUUUUAAACAUUUUUUUAGAUACGUUGCUUUUGUCAGGUUUGCUAAAGGUCCUGCUCCAGUCCCGUUGGUGGCGCUGACAACCGGAAGUCUGAGUCCUACCGUCAAUUUUUUAAGACGAAGAAGAAAGGCGUCAGUUCCGUAAACACAAUAGACCCGCGUUAGCUAAAUUAUCAGCAGUGUUACAGGUUAAUGUCCGUUUUAUUUAUGCGACCUCGAAGUUCACGAUGUCUUAUGGUGAAUCUACUUCUACGACCUGUCCAGACGUUUGUGUGAGCGAAAGAGCAGAAGACCAAAGAAAUGACUGCACUGUUAACAGUACUAAAUGUGUGAACAGUGAGGGCAACAGUCCAGACAGCAGUGAGAGAGAGCGGGUGCUGAAGGAGGUCGGACUCACCUGCUCCACCUUCAUCGGCCCUGCAUUACCUCCAAAACCAGUCAAGGCUGACAUUGAUGACGCACUCAGUGAAUUUUACAAAGAACUUGGGGAGGUGGAUACACCUGAUGGUGCUGAUGGUAACCCAGGGCAACGAGAUGAAGGCUCUGUUUAUCCACCCACACUUCCUAAAUUAUCUAACACCAAAGACAAUGAGGAUGUAAGACAGGAAAAAAUUGGUAACAGCUAUAUAACUGAAGAACCUGAUGGUUAUGAGAAUAUCGGUGGACAGAAACAUUCGUCCUGGUCACACUGGUACCAGAAUGAGCCAUACAACCACAGGAGACCCAGACAAGGCUUUGACCGAAGCUUUGGUGGGGUGUCUUAUGCAGAGAUUCAGAAGCACCAUCCACAACAAUGGGACAGAGCACCAAACCCAAGAUUUCACAGACCUCUAGUCCAUUGCCCGUCGCCUCCACCCGAAUCCCGAAAUCCACCAUAUCCCCUACGAAACAUGAAUCCCAAGUGGAAUGAAUCAGAUUUGUCAAACCAUUAUCUGGAGGAUGCACAUUUUCCAACGUUGGGUGGUUUCCCACCUCCAAAUGUUGGCUUUGUUCCCCCGCAGGGCUUUUAUGGAAAUUCUGAACAAUUCUUCUUUGACAGGGAUGAACGGAGACAUGGUUACUAUCAGCAAUCAGAAAAUGAAAGUGUAAGAUGGUCUAGAGACACAGAAGCAGAAUGGCCUCAGACACAACAAUACCGUUCUUCUUUUGUGCUGAUCUUGAUGAGGGGGUUACCAGGCUCUGGGAAGUCGACCCUAGCUAGAGAGUUGCUCUCCACGGGGCCCAGUGGAGUAAUUCUAAGCACAGAUGACUACUUUGCUCACAGAGAUGGCUACUGCUAUGAACCAGGCCUUCUUGGAGUUGCACAUGAAUGGAACCAGCGCAGAGCUGAAGAUGCUAUGCGAGAUGGACGGUCUCCCGUUAUUAUUGACAAUACAAACAUCCAAGCCUGGGAAAUGAAGCCAUAUGUCGAAAUGGCUUUGGAGAGAGGCUACAAAGUGGACUUCUGUGAACCGGACACAAGCUGGAAACUUGACCCUUAUGAACUGGAGAAGAGGAACAAGCAUGGUGUUUCCAAGGAGAAAAUUGCACGGAUGCUGGAUAGCUUUUCAUUUCCCAUAUCCAUAGACAUUGUUAUGAACUCACAGGAGCCACCUCACGUGAACCAGAGACGUCAGCCACACCAGUCACAGAUGAUGAGAACACAGGUUUUCUAUUAGUUUAUGCAGGAAUUCAACCAGCCAACUUAAAUGCCUUGGAAAAUACUUUUAUAAUAGGAAAUGUUGGUUGUCAUAGGAUGAUUUUUCUCAAAAUAUUUUGUAUACUGUGUAUCUAAAAUCACUUCUAAAGGUAUUACAAAGAUUUCAUUGAUACAUUUUUUACUAGGGAAGGACAAUGUUUUAAUCAUUUUUGAAUGCUAUUCUGAUUUAUGUUAGAAUGGGACUGAACUCAUUGCUCAAUAGGCAGCUUAACAAUCUACUCAAGGACAAGUUCCUGUCAUUGAAAUUACAAGACUGUUCAAUUACAAGCUUGGGUUUAAAAUGAUGUUCAAUAUUUCCUGCCACAUUUAGUCUGUUUACGUUUUGAAAUAGUUAUUUUUUGUGAUUGCUAUUUUAGUGCUGAAUCUUAUUCCAUUAAGCACCAUCUGAAGCAGGGAAAUUUGAUUACUAAAUAUUUUUACCAA